AUGGAGGUCCAACAUUUUAGCCACGAAGAGCAUCCCUUGAUCUUUGUGGAAGAGUUGGAAAAUGAUGGCGAGAAUGAAGUCGUUUGCUCUGGGUGCGAUAAAUCGGUAUGCGGUCCUGCCUACAAAUGCUCAGAGUACUGCACCUUCUUCCUCCACAAGUCAUGUGCAGAGUUACCCCGUGAGAUACAACACCCUGCACAUCCAAAUCACAACCUUGUUCUCGUCGCACCAGCAAAGUACAAAACUUGUGAUGCCUGCCUUAGGCGUUGCAACAGAUGCCUCGCCUACAGGUGCCAUAGUUGCAAUUUCGACCUUGACAUUGAAUGUGCCUCUGGUUGGCAAGUUAAUGCUGACGACGGUCACCAACAUGAAUUCGUUCCUAUCAUGAAGAAGAUCCAGUUAGAUUGUGAAGUCUGUGGUCAGGAUCGCAAUAGCUUCCCCCAGGUAUGUCGCAUUUGUCAACUCUUGGCUCACACUAUAUGUGCUGUGAUGCCACGUACCAUGAAAAUUAUGGCAGAUCGUCACUUGCUCACUCUCAUCUAUUCACUUCGUAAAGUGAUCAAAGGGCACGACGACGUAUUCUGUAACCUCUGUUUUACAAAGCUCAACCUCAACUGUGCGGGUUAUUAUUGUCAACAAUGUGAUUUCGUAGCCCACGUGCGAUGCGCCCGCAAAAAUUCGAUUGAACCAAGUGACACCUUAGACUUCAGCAUAGAUCUCAUGGAGGAUAUCAACUUUGAAGAGGAUGAAGAAUGUGAUGAGCUCAAACAUUUCGAUCAUGAACAUAACUUAAUUAUCAGCCGCAACCAAGUCGAAGUUCAUGAUCAUAAGCUCUGUGAAGGUUGUAUCAUUGUAUGCAACCAAUUUCCACUCCAUUUUAUAGUUGUGAGCAAUGCAAGUACUUUCUCCAUAGCACUUGUGCUCGACUACCCUUAA